UUCUGCAGUUAGAAAAAGUUCGUUGCACGAAAAGUCGUUCCGUGCGUGUCGCGAUUUUAAAUUACGUUUUCGUUAAAUAAAAUCGAACAAAUUUGAGAUGUAGUGGUAGGUUGUGUACCAAGUAAACCAGGGGAAUGAUUUUAGAUAGGAUUCACGGUACAAGAUGAUAAAUGAAGUUCAAAUUCAAGAAAGGAAAGUUGUUGUUGCUGUUGUUGACCAUUUUCGCGUUGGGGGUGGCCACUGUGCCCCCGAUCAGCACCCUCGACAAAGUGACGGGCGACAGUGAUCUGUCGCAAAAGAUAAUUGCCGAGAAUCAGGCUCAGCCAAACUCUCAGGAUGGAACUGAGGAUAAAAAAGUGGCGAAAAGAAGUUACGGUUGGCAUCCGUGGGGUCACGGAGGAUAUAGUUACAUCUGGCCUUGGUAUGGAUUUGGAUGGUAUCCAGGCUGGCCUCUGUAUUACGGUCAUGGAUAUGGAGGAUACGGAUACGGACACGGUGGAUACGGUUACGGAUAUCGUGGUUGGUACAAGGGAUGGUAAAUUGAAAAGAGAGGAUAGAGAUUCGUCCGAGAUGUUUCCAUAAUUUUAUGAAUAUAAUUCACAACAUUCCCUUACCAUUUAACUUUUUGCACUGAAUAAACGUUAGGGUAAUUUGAACUUUAAUUACACGUAUAUUGAGUAUCACAACUCUAAGAUCACGAGAUAACAUUACCUUGGUUAUAUAUUCGUUGCUUAACAUUCAUCAAGCAACUAAAAUAUUACUUACGUGGCGAAGUCGUUCACUCGACUCACGUUUGUUCAAUUUUGUCGUCCAAUUUUGUUCUCAAUGUUAUGUAUCAUAUCUACUGUACGAAUAUCACGGUGUUCAUCAGUAAAAAAAGAAAAAAAAAAAGAGAAAAAACGAAAUAAACGAUUCACAUUGAG